CGCGCAGUCGCCGCCGGCGUCCGCUCAGCAGUUCCACACCGCCCCGCCGCGCUCCCCGCCGCCUCUCUCCUGCUGCAGCUGCCGUGGUGUUUGUGAACAGAAAAUGAUGCUGAUGCCCGGCGCCAGCCCGUACUCGCUACCGUCCGCUCUGGCGGCCACCGGCAGCCCUGCGCUGGCGGACUCGCCCGGCGUCUCACAAAAGGACACCACCUUCACCAAGAUCUUCGUAGGCGGCCUGCCGUACCACACCACCGACAAGUCGCUACGUGAACACUUCGAGGUCUACGGAGAGAUCGAGGAAGCCGUCGUCAUCACCGACCGCCAGUCCGGCAAGAGCCGGGGCUACGGAUUCGUGACGAUGGCGGACAAGGCGGCGGCGGAGCGCGCCUGCAAAGACCCCAACCCCAUCAUCGACGGCAGGAAGGCCAACGUCAACCUGGCUUACCUGGGUGCCAAGCCCCGCGGCAAUCUUCAGGCUGGUGAGUGGGGCUUGGCACUGGCCUCGGCAGCUGGAGUCCGGUACCCUGCAAUGUACGCGCUGCAGAACCCGCAGUACAUGUACCAGUCUCCCUACAUGUCAGCCAACCACCCUCUGCUAGCCGGCCUGUCUGCCAGCGCCCUGAGCCCCGGCGCGGCCGGUCAGCCCAUGUACGACUACCAGCCGUAUGCCACGGCCGGGGCGUUCCAGGCGGCCGCGGCUGCUGAUCCGUACAGCUCUCAGGUGGCAGCGAACGCGUUCCUGCCCCAGUACGCCGGCUAUCAGGUGCCAGUCAGUUCCGCCCUGGGCGCGCAGCAGCUCUCCCUGGCCGGCUCUCAGUACGCCGCUGCCGCCGCCGCCGCCGCCGCCGCAGCCCAGGAGGCCCGCAUGCAGUGAUGACGACGCCCGCUAGAGGCGCUGGCGUCGCCCGAGCUGCGCUCGCCAUCCCCAGUCCGUCGGCCAGCCAAAGGCCGGGGGUGACGGGAGGGAUGGGGGGGCUCGACAGACGCCCAGUGACGUCAUCAGAGGUCCCGAAGUCAGCUCGACAGUUCUGGAGAGCUGGCGAGGCGGGAGAGAAGAUUGUGGAGAAUACGGCUGCUCAUGCGGUCAACAAGCUGGUUGCUAUGACGACGACUGAUGGAUGCAUGUUGUCAUGGCAACAGGUCGGCGAGUUGUCAGGUCUGAGAGUGGCCAUCUAGUGUAAAUUUUACCUACCGGAUAGCGAUGCAGUAUCUCCACAAACGAUUUGUUACAUGAGCCUCAAAAUUUCCAUAGGUUAUCAUUGUUGCAGGUUAGGUGUAUCAGUCUGCACAACUGUUUAUGCAGGUGUUAGUUGUUGACAGGCAAUGAUCGUCCUUAUACAUCAGCGCGGACAGAGCUGAUUAAGAUAGCAUAAUAUAUUCCAUGGCUCCGUUUAGGAUCCCUUUCUAAAGCCACGACUCCGAUUUCAUGGGCCGCUCGAAUCGCGUAUAUCUAUGCUUUUUAAACGUCUUUUCUAUAUUGUCAUCUGUAUUUUUAACUGUGAUGUUGCGGAAGGUUCGUUGUCCCGUCCAUCCAGCUCCGAGGUCAGGUCACCUCACGCCUCGGGGCGUUCUAGGGGCGCCGCGGCAAUCGACAUUACAGAGACACCUUCCCUGCCUGCUCGAGGUGUUAGAGCCACAUAUAUAUGCGUAUGUUACGUGCCAGCGAAGGCCGGGGCGCAGUGCGAUGCGCAGUGAAAGGUCAUUCGGCCUGCGGUCGACACGCCGGACCGUGUUUAAUGUUACCCAUCAUGUGUUAGAUUAGGCUAUCUAGGGUAAGAUGCCGGGCGAUCGGGUGCUCGCAGCGCCGAGCCGCGGGGCUGGGACAGGAAGCAACUGUACAUAAGCACUCGCACGGACGUGCGCUGAGCCACCGAGCUGCCGGCGUUAGCGACUGGGUGGGUGGUUAGCUAAGGGUCGCGGGCGCCGCGGGGGGCGCGGUAGGGGCGCCGUGGGGCGCUGCGGGGGCGUCCGACCGACGGUGGAUCUAGUCAGGCGCCCGCGAGGUGCCAGCCCGCCAGUCGGCCGGCCGAGCCCAAUAUCCGCUGCUGCAAACAGUGCCUUCUACCUGCCUGGUGCCUUAUCAGUGCCUCUUUUUGACGCGCGCCGACGGAAAAUUGCCACCUUUUGUCGACUGCCUCCGCCGCCGACGCCGCCGCCGUCGUCACCGCCAUCGCCGCCAUCCGCUGUUUUUGCGAGCGAUGUGACGAUCAAAACAAGUUUCUCAUUUUCGGCCAGGUGUGUUUUGAAUAUGUUUUUGUCCGGAGGCCAUUGAUUUGGUGGGUGUGUGCAUUUGCGAGCGCAAACCUCUCUCACCGGGGCGCAAUUAGACCCGAAGCUAUGAAUAAUAGAGCGUCUGUGCGCGCCGAGUGCCAACCUGAAAUCCAGGCAUGCAUUGAUCGGGUGCGGCUAGUAUUUGCGCUCCAAUAGUUCACUUGUAUUUUUAGUGCCGUUGGAGUCGCUGGUUCCGCAUCAACGUGUCAUUUUAGACGCCUGCAUACUUUGGCCCAUAAUUUACUAGCUAGGGUGUUUUUAAAAGACACCUUUCCGACAUCUUGUCACCUCAACUUCGCGCUGAUUUAAUGUAAACAAACACACCGGGCCUAUGACUUGUUUCAUCAUCGAUCGUUGUGACAUUGUAGCAUGCUCAAAAAGCGAUGGCGAUGUUGGCACCGAUGGCGAUGGCGAUGGCGGUGGAAGCGAUGGAAGCGAUGGCUCUCGGCCAGUCUCGUACACACACCGCCCUUCGUUGCUCAAUUCGUACUUUGCUCGCCGUCGCUGUUCGCUCGGUGAUGACUCUAUGUCAGCUGACGAGCAGUGACGCAGAAGAGACUGGCGGCGCGGCGAUCAUCAUUUUCCGGCCAGUACAAGGUGUGGCGGGCGCGCAGGCGAGCCGUCGGGCGUCUGUGCUGCGUGGAGACCCCGUGUCUCUCGCCCCGCAUGUUAAAACACAGACCUAGUCCACUGGUGCCUGGAGGGCGGGAGGGAGGGAGGAGCGGGGACCCAGGUUCCGACCAGGUCAUAGGGUCGCUGUAGACAGUACGAGGCUCAUGAUCUGUGUAUAAAAUGUAGUAAAUUAAUAGGAAUAAUAAAUGGAAAAACGAU